CCAUAUGUUUAUCAACCCCAUCCCCAAUUCCCCCUCGACAGCUCGACGACGGCGCUCCCAGGCCCCAGCCUCGCUUGCUCCGGCUCCGGUUCCGGCGGCGGCGCUGCCCCUAUCCUCCCUCGGUGGGUGGCGGCGGCAGCGGGGUGCGUCCACCCCCCUCAUCCCUAACGCUUCUGUUAUCCCCCCCCCGUCGUUCCGCCUCACCGAGACGACGAUCCCGGGGCAACAUAUUCCGGCGAGCAGCAGCUGUACUUUGAGGCCGCAAUGAAGGAGAGUUCCCAGGAUGUUGAGAGCAGGGCAAAGCCGCAUCCAUUGGUUCAAGGUGAUGAUGAAGUCAAGGCUGAACAGCCAAAUACAGUAGCCACUGAUGUACAUUUAGGCGACUCUGAUUCCUUAUCGGCUGCUAGCAAUGAUAAUAAAAGGGUUUCUCGUGAAGAUAUUGAACUUGUCCAGAAUUUAAUAGAACGAUGUCUACAGCUAUAUAUGAAUAGAGGAGAAGUUGUUAGAACUCUUUCUACUCGUGCAAGAAUAGAACCAGGUUUCACUACCUUAGUAUGGCAGAAACUUGAAGAAGAGAAUUCUGAGUUCUUUCGGGCUUACUACAUACGCCUGAAAUUGAAAAAACAGAUUAAUUUGUUCAACCACUUACUGGAGCAUCAAUAUCAUCUUAUGAAGUACCCAGUACCACAGCAGGUUCCGUUGGCCCCAGCACAGAAUGGGAUCCGUCCUAUGCCUGGUAACAAUUUGCCUAUGGGAUACCCAGUGCUCCAACAACCUGGAAUGCCUGCUCCUGGCCAGCCUCAUGUUAAUUCAAUGUCCUGUGGUCCACCUGGCUGUCAUGUAGUAAAUGGAAUUCCUGCACCGGGUGCUUAUAAUCCGAUUCGCAUGAGCUCAGUGAAUGGCAUGACAGAGAAUGAAGUGCCUGGAACUGCACAUGCUGGAGCCAUGUCAACUGAGAUGGCUGUGAGUCCAUCAUCAGCAAUGUCAAGCAACCAUGUUUCUUUCACUCCUGAUAUAUCAGGGAUGGAUGUUGACGCAUCUACUGUAAAUGCCACUUUUGGAGAUGAUUUAGCGAAUGGAGGACCUCUGCACUUAGGACCAGAUGGUGGUGAUAGCUCUUCACUGGGGCAGCAGAUCUGGGAUUUCAGUCUAUCUGAUUUAUCAGCAGAUUUGACAAAUCUAGGAGAUCUGGCAGCCCUUGAGAACUAUGCGGGCAACCCAUUCCUGCCUUCAGACUCUGAUAUCUUUGAAUCCCCAGAUGAUGACAUCGUUGAGUAUUUUGCCGAUGCCAUCAAUGGGCCUUCUCAAUCAGACGAAGAGAAAUAAUCAUAGAUUGAAAGAGGAGUCUCAAGAUGUAACUUAAGCCAGACUGCUACUUGUAAUGUUUGGGAAGCUGCAAUGAUGUUUGGGAAACUGGUUUGUUGUCUUAUCUUAAACUGCCUUCACCAGGCAGUAAGCAGCCUUUCAUCAAGUAGAACUAAAAUUUUGUAGUGACUAAUCUUAUUUUAUAUAAUAAACACUUGAGUUCACUUUUAUC